AUGAAGAAACGUUAUGUGGACGCGAGCAGGCUACGGAAAAUGAAAAAAAUGAAAAUAACGGAGAAGCUGUCUGAGAGUGCAUACACCUUCCUGAAGUUUAUGAUGAUGUGGACGCUGGUGCUGCUGGCGGAUUUCAUGCUUGAAUUCAGACUGGAGUACUUGUGGCCAUGCUGGCUGUUCUUUGGGAGUGUAUACACCACUUUCCACUGCCAUGGGCUGGUUAUUUGUGUUGUUUUUGUCUGUGCUGCCUUCACUCUGGACAUCUUUUGUUUAAUUUUUGUGCCUUUGCACUGGCUGUUCUUUGUGGCAAGCACUUAUGUGUUAUUCAAUUACAUAUGGCAUACAGAGAAAGGCAUCUGUAUAUCGACGGUGUCCCUGUGGAUUCUGCUUGUGUACACAGAGGCUUCACUUCGGCUCAAAGACAUUAAAACCUCUCAUGCCAACCUGUCUCAUUUUUUUGCUGCACACUGGUUGGAGCAGGAGCUGAGGAGGCUGAAAGGCGAGCUGCAGGUGAGCAGGCAGAGCGAGCAGGAGCUGCGAAGUCACAUCUGUAACUUGACUAACAGCGAGAGGAGCCUGAGACCAGAGGUUUCCCUGCUCAGACAGUCCAACAUGCUACUCCAGAGCAAGAUUCUGUGUCUGGCUAAAACCAAGCAGAGGGACAAACAGAGCAGUGCGAUGCUGGAGAAGAAGACCAGAGCAGAAACGGAGGCCAGACUCUCUGUGGAGAAACAGUUGGCUGAGCUUCAGGCUCAGAAACUGGAGGAAGCGGCCUGCACAGCACGGACUCUAACAAACAGAGCUGCUAGUAGGCAGGAACACUGUGAAACCCAAAUGUUAAGGAAAAGAGUUAAAGAUCUAGAGACAGAGUACAAACAACUACAGCUGGAGUGUCAAGUGAAAGAGAGUCGAGUGCUAGAUCUAGAGAGUGAUGUUGAGGCUCUGGGAAAGUACCACUGUUUGGAGAAAGAGACAGACAUGCUGCUGUCCACUCUGUCAGCCAUGCAGGAGAAGGCUCAACAUCUGGAGUACAACCUGAGCGCAGAGACUCGCAUCAAACUGGACCUGUUCUCCGCUCUGGGAGACGCACGCCGACAGCUGGAAAUCGCUCAAGAUAAGGUGAUGAGGCAGGACCGGGAGAUAAAGGAGAUGAAGCAGAAGAUUGCGGAGGUAAUGGCCGUCAGUCCUGGUGUUUCCUACAUGGCUCCUCGGCCUCCGGUGCCGCAGUAUCUCACCAAGCUACUCAACUCUGAGCGCUACAUGCUGAAUCCACGAGCACUGAUGUACCAGUGUCUGAAGAAAUAAUGGAUGACGUCGCCUUUUUUCUGAUUUUCAGAGCCCACUAUGAUAAAACAUUAGGGAAAGGGGCUAAUGGAUUUUUCUUACAGAGCUAAAUGACACCAUGAAGUCAUCUACUUCCAGCCAUGAGUGGAACCAGAAUGAACCACCACAAGCUGAAUGCCUUUUACUGCACCGAUGGUGCUAACUUCACAUUGGGUCAAAGUGUUUCACUCCAAAAUAAGAAACGUAUAUGCAGAGCUGCUGUAGGCCCCGGUUUGAUUUAAAGAUACAGCUUAUCACAUCAUGUUAGGAUGCAACAGAGAAAAGCACAACAUUUCUUUACAUUCACACCCUGAAGAUUUGUCUGAAUGGAUGGUUUCUGGGUUUGUAAGUUCAAAAUGUACAAGACCGAUUAACUCUGUACAAUAUAUUUUCUUGGCAUGACAGUAAAACAUCACACAUUAUUUAUGUUGUUAUCAAAAGUAUUAUACUUACAAAGUUUAAAGAUAACCUUUGUUUGAAUUAUACAGAAUG